AGAGCAGCUGCCAGUGGUUCAGCUCGUGCUAGCGACAGGAACGGAGCACAGCACAGCAGCGGAUCCCACCCUACCGGACAUUCUUCCCCAGGGCAGCUACGUCCCCUAGAACAGCCAGGGUAUUUCAUACCCCUCAGAGGGGAGUGGGGACGAUACGAUUCCUUCGCACCCUACUGUGCGGCGAAAGGGGAAAUUCCGCCGCGUCAGAAGAAGGGGGGUGGUGGCGGCGGCAGCUAAAUUCCCUCCGCACGCGGCCCCGAGUGACGGUGGGGGCAUUGUUACAUCAGCACCCCUCAGAGAGGGGCAGGUAUCGGCCUGAGCGAAAGGGAGGCGACUUUGCCUUGUGGCCGCCAAACGGCUGCUGGAGAAGGGGGUGACGUUUGAGGGGAAGGGGGGUGGUUGUGUUCCCUUGGUGGUAGCGAGGUUCCCCCCUCCCCCCCAAGGUACGGAGUGAAGGGGGGUGCAGGUGCCGUGGCCGGAGAGGAGCGCUCACGUGAUCCCUAUUGUGGUCUAGGUCUAUGGUGAUAAUCACCCGGGGGCGGUUGGGGACCUGCUGGGGGAAGAGAGCGAAGUACCGAGCAGACUAAGGGGAGGGCCGGAGGCUACUGCUGCUGAGAAGGAGGAAGCGGAGGAGAGACACCAUUUGCCGGCCCGGCCAUGGAGAACGCUCACACCAAGACGGUGGAGGAAGUUUUGGCUUAUUUCGGCGUGAACGAGAGCACGGGGCUCAGCCUGGAGCAAGUCAAGAAGCUCAAGGAGAGAUGGGGCGCCAACGAAUUACCUGCUGAAGAAGGAAAAUCCUUACUUGAGCUUGUGAUUGAACAAUUUGAAGACUUACUAGUUAGAAUUUUACUGUUGGCAGCUUGUAUAUCUUUUGUUUUGGCCUGGUUUGAAGAAGGUGAAGAAACAAUAACUGCAUUUGUAGAACCUUUUGUAAUCUUACUUAUAUUAGUAGCCAAUGCAAUUGUGGGUGUGUGGCAGGAAAGAAAUGCUGAAAAUGCAAUUGAAGCUCUUAAGGAAUAUGAACCUGAAAUGGGCAAAGUAUAUCGACAAGACAGAAAAAGUGUACAAAGGAUUAAAGCAAGAGAUCUUGUCCCUGGUGAUAUUGUGGAAGUAGCUGUUGGUGACAAGGUUCCUUAUAACCUUUAUUUAGGUGAAUCUGUCUCUGUUAUUAAGCAUACUGAUCCUGUGCCUGAUCCUCGUGCUGUGAACCAAGAUAAGAAGAACAUGCUUUUUUCUGGUACUAAUAUUGCUGCUGGUAAAGCUAUGGGAGUGGUUGUAGCAACAGGCGUGAACACUGAAAUUGGCAAAAUUCGUGAUGAGAUGGUGGCUACUGAACAAGAGAGAACACCACUCCAACAGAAACUGGAUGAGUUUGGAGAGCAGCUAUCCAAAGUCAUCUCACUCAUUUGCAUUGCUGUUUGGAUAAUCAACAUAGGUCACUUCAACGAUCCAGUUCAUGGUGGUUCAUGGAUUCGAGGCGCUAUCUACUACUUUAAAAUUGCUGUUGCUCUCGCUGUUGCUGCUAUCCCGGAGGGUCUGCCUGCAGUUAUUACCACAUGCUUGGCCCUAGGAACCCGCAGAAUGGCCAAGAAGAAUGCUAUUGUUAGAAGUCUGCCAUCCGUUGAAACAUUGGGUUGCACAUCUGUUAUUUGUUCUGAUAAGACUGGUACUCUCACAACCAACCAGAUGUCAGUUUGCAGGAUAUUUAUUCUGGAUAGAAUAGAAGGAGAUAGCUGUUCUCUGAAUGAAUUUACUGUAACAGGGUCAACAUAUGCCCCAAUGGGAGAAGUGCAUAAAGAUGACAAACUUGUUAAAUGUCAUCAGUAUGAUGGCCUUAUAGAACUAGCAACGAUCUGUGCACUUUGUAAUGAUUCUUCCUUGGAUUACAAUGAAGCUAAGGGAGUGUAUGAAAAAGUUGGAGAAGCUACGGAGACUGCACUCACCUGCCUGGUUGAAAAGAUGAAUGUAUUUGACACCGAAUUAAAAGGUCUCUCCAGAAUUGAACGUGCAAAUGUUUGCAAUUCGGUCAUAAAACAACUCAUGAAGAAAGAAUUCACUCUGGAAUUCUCACGGGACAGAAAGUCUAUGUCUGUCUACUGUACUCCAAAUAAACCAAGCCGGACCUCCAUGAGCAAGAUGUUUGUUAAGGGUGCUCCUGAAGGUGUACUUGACAGGUGUACACAUGUUCGUGUUGGAAGCACUAAAGUACCAUUAACAACAGGAAUUAAGCAGAAGAUCAUGACGGUCAUUCGAGAGUGGGGUACUGGUAGAGACACAUUGCGUUGCUUGGCUCUAGCAACACAUGACAAUCCACCAAGAAGAGAAGAAAUGAACCUUGAGGAUUCUGCAAACUUUAUUAAUUAUGAGACCAAUUUGACCUUUGUGGGCUGUGUGGGUAUGCUUGAUCCACCAAGAACUGAAGUAGCCUCAUCUAUAAAAUUGUGUAAGAAAGCUGGUAUUCGUGUUAUUAUGAUUACCGGUGACAAUAAGGGCACAGCAGUUGCCAUCUGUCGUCGUAUUGGUAUCUUUGGAGAAGAUGAGGAUGUUUCUUCAAAAGCCUUUACUGGACGUGAGUUUGAUGAACUUUCCCCAGCUGUCCAGAGAGAUGCUUGCCUACAUGCUCGUUGCUUUGCCCGUGUAGAGCCUUCCCAUAAGUCUAAGAUUGUUGAGUUCCUCCAGUCUUUCGAUGAGAUCACAGCUAUGACUGGUGAUGGUGUAAAUGAUGCCCCUGCACUGAAGAAAGCAGAAAUUGGGAUUGCUAUGGGGUCAGGCACUGCAGUAGCUAAAACUGCUUCUGAAAUGGUUUUAGCUGACGACAACUUCUCAACCAUCGUAGCUGCUGUGGAAGAAGGGCGUGCAAUCUACAACAACAUGAAACAGUUCAUCCGUUAUCUCAUCUCUUCAAAUGUUGGAGAAGUUGUUUGUAUCUUCUUGACUGCUGCUCUGGGUUUUCCUGAAGCGUUAAUACCUGUCCAGCUGUUAUGGGUAAAUCUUGUAACUGAUGGUCUCCCUGCUACUGCUCUGGGCUUCAAUCCUCCUGAUUUAGACAUCAUGGAUAAACCACCGCGUAAUCCUAAAGAGCCUCUGAUCAGUGGGUGGCUCUUCUUCCGUUACCUCACUAUUGGAUGCUAUGUUGGAGCUGCGACAGUGGGUGCUGCUGCUUGGUGGUUCAUUGCUGCUGAUGGUGGCCCAAGAGUUACCUAUUACCAGCUGAGUCACUUCCUGCAGUGCAAUGAGGACAACCCAGACUUCACAGAUGUAGACUGUGUAGUCUUUGAGUCGCCAUAUCCAAUGACAAUGGCACUUUCUGUUCUGGUCACCAUAGAGAUGUGUAAUGCUCUCAACAGUUUAUCUGAAAACCAGUCCUUACUAAGGAUGCCUCCCUGGGAGAAUAUCUGGCUGCUGGGUUCUAUUUGUUUGUCCAUGUCGCUCCAUUUUCUUAUCCUUUAUGUAGAACCACUGCCGCUAAUCUUCCAAAUCACACCUCUGAAUGUGACACAGUGGUUGAUGGUGUUGAAAAUCUCACUACCUGUAAUUCUGCUGGAUGAGACUCUUAAGUUUGCGGCCCGUAACUACCUGGAACCUGGUAAAGAUUGUGUGAAGCCUGCCACCAAACCAUGUUCUUUAUCAGCAUGCACCGAGGGGAUUUCCUGGCCAUUUGUACUCAUUACUAUGCCCUUGCUUAUCUGGCUUUAUAGUACAGACACUAACUUUAGUGAUAUGUUCUGGUCUUGACUGACAUAGUGACAAUUUUACAUAAAGAUGUUUAACUUAAAUCAAUUUUUUAUUGUUUAAAGCAACUGUCGAUUUCUGCUGAAUUUUCACAUGAACAUAUUUGCCGGUGAUGGAGGUUUCAUACUCUAGAUUUUGUGUUUUUUGCUUUUUCUGACUCCAGUGGGGGGCAAUAUUUUUCCUCUUUUAUACACAACUGAAGUGUCCAUUGACAUGUACAGAGAACUAACACUAUUUUAUGCAAAUAUUUUUUUGUAGAUGAAAAGCAUGUACAGUGUUCUGUUGAAUAGUCUAUUCAUCCUUGUUAAAAAAAAAAAAAAAAAAAAUUUUUUUUUUUUUUUUUUUUUUUUUGAGCCAGCGGACACUAUCAAAAUAAAUUGGCAGCAGAUUUUAGGGAAUGAAUGUGUUUUCUAAAACUAAAAGCAUGUAACUGUCUCUUUUGCAUGAUGAUCUGAAUUUAAGUUGAUGUCAGUUUAUUUUUUAUUCAUAAGCCGAUUUUUCUGCACUAGGCAGAGUGUACUGCUACCUCAGUCAGUAUUUUUUUUUUGUUUGCCCCUUCCUGUCUUGAAUUCCUGACUGUCUUGUUUACACCAGUCUUUGUAAGAGGUAGAGUAUGCCUAUUAAUGCUUGUGCAGAAACCACAAUUCCAGGUGGAACCUGCUGGGUUCUUCUACCAUCCCUUCAACACACGUAGGUUUUUUUUUUUUAAGGUUAUUUAUUUAAAUGUCUAAUGUAUUUUAUUAUAACAAACCUUGUUUUGCCAGUUUUUCCCACUUUACAUGGGGGAGGGGGCACUACUUCAGUCUAGCUUAAACUUUUAAAUGGGCAAAGAAAAUUGUCUUUUUAACUCUAAAGAUGGCUUAAGUUCCGUUUUUUAAUACCUUAUUUACGUGUGUCAGAUGUUUUUUCAGUCUCUUAGAUCAGGGCUUUUGUAAUGUGACCUGGAAAAAUAACUUGCACUGCAUAGUUAGAAAUUGGAUUUCUUACACGUUUAGUUAGGGCACUAAUGAUCAGUUACACAUUUUGAGUUACUCUGCUGGCCUUGUUUUAGCCUGACUUAGAAGUAACAAGCUCGUGUGUGUGUUUUGUAAAAUCUGUAAAUAGCACAUGACCAAAUGAACAUAUUGUAUAGAACUAUUUUUAUUUUAAUGUGGCACUAACCACCUUCAUUAUAUUAUGAUUAAUGUUAGAGCAUGUUUUCAAAUUCAGUCCUGUAUCAACAAUGUGUAAGUCAUUAACAGUCCUAACUGUGGUGUUUUUCUCCAAUGCCUUCCAACAUUCAUCGACUAAAGUGAGUAUUUCUCUUCCAUUUCACCGUCUCAGUGGUGACUUGCUGUAAAAUGGCAUAUACUGUAUACCUGUCAACGAAUAAAUAGUAAUUUCCUUCAUUC